CAUUGGUUCCUAUGAGCUGUACAACAUGACCUCGCAUAUCAACAUGUCGUGAUAACCAUUCAUAUUUGUGUCUAACUGGAUACAUUAGAAAAAUAUGGCGAGGAUAUUGAACAAGCUUUACGUUUCCUGUGCCUUAUUUUCUGUGUUGCAUCAUUCUGGUGUUUUUAGGCUUCCGUCCGUGACAGGACAAGAGAAUGAUGCAUCGCUGGAGCUCAUGCUGUCAGAUGAUGCAGUUUCUGACUUGGAGAACAGCCCCAAGUUUGUGGAAUCAGAAGAUUUGGAGUCUCUGCCGAAGCGGCAGUUCAAGACAGCUGAGAUUGCAGAUGCUGUGAUGGGCACUGAAACCCCCAUUGAUCCAUCUGACAUCGAGUCCCUCUUCCCAAAAAAUGUGAAAGACUUCCAGUCAGGCUUCUCCCCCCCUUGUGAUGAGAACAGUGCCCAGUGUGGUUCACCUGUUCUGGCUGCUAAAGGAGUGUUGCUGGAGGAGACGAGCACUGAAAUGUCGCAGCAGGUCACUCUUGACAUUGUGCGUGCGGACGUCACGGCAACAGAGGAACAGAACACCACGGAAACUGCAAAGACGUACAAGGUGAACUGUGAUAAGAGGAACAUCACAGGAAUGGACAGUUUCACUGUGCAUGUCCUCAACGCUUCGCAGGACCUGAUGGAGUACCUGAAUGCUAACAGCACAGAGUGCUCUGUGGUGCUGUUCUUCACUGCCUGGUGCCAGUUCUCAGCCAGCCUGGCACCUCACUUCAACGCCCUGCCCCGAGUCUUUCCCAGCAUGCACUUCCUUGCACUUGAUGCCUCUCAACACAGCAGCCUCUCCACGAGGUUCGGGACCGUGGCAGUGCCCAACAUCCUUCUGUUUCAGGGGGCCAAACCCAUGGCUCGCUUCAACCACACAGACAGAACACUGGAGAUGCUCACCUCCUUCAUCGCCAACCAGACAGGGUUUGAAGCUGGCCCUGACAGAAACGUGACUGACGCAGACCGCCUGGGCCCCCUCCCCAGCGUCCCAGUGAAGAGCAUCGACUGGCUGCUGGUCUUCUCCAUCCUUUUCAUCACAGGCUUCACACUGUACGCCAUCCUGCGGACAGACAGCAUUCGCUGGCUCAUACCCGGACAAGAGCAUGAACAUCAGGACUGAAAACACACCCACAAACAGCCACAAGUCACUAGAUGUAAACAUUAUUUGAUAACAGUUGCUAAUUUGCUUAUUUUAAGUGUUUGGUGGACAAAAUUAAUUAUUUGAGCCAUUGUGAUUUAUAAUAAAGAAUAUAAUGAUUUUU